CUUCAUAUAUUCAUCCCUUGAAACAUCAAUUGACAACAUCAUUGCCUCUUUCCUCUCUCCAAUAUAAUAAUUUGUCUAACUCAACAAGGCCUAAAGGAUAUUUGAUUUGAUUAAUUUUGUUAAUCAAAAGGCAAAAACAAUGGGAGCAUGUGCAAGCAAGCCUAAGGUCUUGGAGGGUACCGCUCCUCAUGUGUUGGGAGAAGACAUCAUGAACAACAACAAGCAAGAAGGAAUUGUGGGCGAUGAUGUUCCUAAUAAGCCUCACUCUCUCAGUAAUUUGUUCAAGGAGGGAAAAGAAGGGUCAGAAGAAGUGAAAGAGGAGACAUCCACAGAAGCACAGCUACCAAAGACGGAGGAGACCCCAGAAAAUAAAACAGAGGAUGUUAUAGAAUCAGAAAAAGAAGCAGAGGAAGUUAUAAAAUCAGAAAAAGAAGAGACAACUACUGAGGCACAGAAUGAAGAAAUAAAAUCAGAAAUAGAAGAGAAUGAGCAAGUCAUAAAAUCCGAACCAGAAACAGAGAUAAUUAAUCCUGAAGUAAUGAAAACAGAAACAGAGAUUUCCAGUGAGAAGAAAGUUGCAGUAGAGGAAGAGAAACCACCAAAAAAACCUGUCGUUGAAGAAAAGAAAUCAGGAAAAUUUUGGUGGGACAAGUAAACUAAUGCUAUCAAGUCUCCUUAAUUACAGAUGGUAUGGUAUAACUUUUUUAAUUCAACAAGUUGGGAUGAGCAACGCUUUAAAUAUUUCAUCCUCAUUAUCAUACUAUAUAUAUUUUCACCUUAUAAUUUACUUCUAAUUUUAUAUACAAGUCACAAAGUAUGUUUUAUUUAUGUGAAUGCAAGUGUAUCCGACUUUCAUAUUGUUUUGAUACAUUUCAAUUUCUUUAA